GAGCUUUUUCUGGCAGCCUCAGCUGCCACACUGUUUUUCUGGGAACCAAGGCUGCCACACCGACUUUUGGGUUCAAGUUGGCAAACGGAGUGGCAGCCCCGUGUACGUUUACUGAAAUAAAAUUCAUAAAUUUUGCAAUGUCCACGCAAAAUGCUAAGAUAAUAAAUCAAAAGGAGUAUUUAAAGAAAUAUCUGUCCGGAGACAAGGAAAAGAAGAAGAAAAAGAAGCAUAAGAAACACAAGAAGAGCACACAGGCAACGGUAAAAAUAAUCGACGAUGAUGCUUACGAUUCAAACAUCGAGGAAAUGGACGAAGAUUUGUUGCUGGGCGGCGAAGAUGCGCCCCAAAUAGUUGGCGAAUAUAUUGAGGAAAAUCCAAAUGCAGUGCGCAGCAAGUGGCGCAAUAUUGCUGUCAAGGAACCCAAGUCCGAAUCUGAUACGGAAACAAAUGGCCAGCAGCAGAAUGAGUCGGAUUUAUGGGGCCGCAAGGCGUCAACAGUUAAAAUCAAACAAGAGUCAUCUCCAUCUCCCAGUCGAAAAAGGCGUAACACUCACUCACCUGCCGUACAAAUCAAAAAGGAAAAGCGUAGCAGUUCAUGUGAUCAGAGUCCGCCAGCCAUCAAAAUUAAACAGGAGAAGCGGAGCAGCUCACGUGACCAAAGCCCGGCAAGAAUUCAUGGCAUGAGAAACGACAGCUCCGCAGAAUUGAAAGGACGCAACUCCGACCAAAGUCCACCCAGGCGGAUGCGAGAUGGGGACCAAUCUCCGCCUAGAAGAAGACGCAACUCCGAUCAAAGCCCGCCUAGAAGACGCCGCGAGGAAGAUCAAUCUCCUCCGCGCAGACAACGUGAUUCAGAUCAAAGCCCGCCUAGAAGACGUCGAGAUAAAGAUCAAUCUUCGCCUAAAAGAAGACGGAACUCCGAUCAAAGCCCGCCUAGAAGACGCCGUGAGGAAGAUCAAUCUCCGCCCCGCAGACAACGUGAUUCCGAUCAAAGCCCGCCUAGAAGACGUCGAGAUAAAGAUCAAUCUCCGCCUAGAAGAAGACGCAACUCCGAUCAAAGCCCGCCUAGAAGACGCCGAGAGGAAGAUCAAUCUCCGCCCCGCAGACAACGUGAUUUCGAUCAAAGUUCACCUAGAAGACACCGCGAUGCGGAUUUGAGUCCACGAAGACGACGUCAAUCUCCGCCUCGCAGGCCACGCAGCUCGGAUCAAAGUCCGCCCAGAGAUCGUAGACAGCCAACAUCUCCCAGACGCCAACGUGCCCGUGAUCAAUCGCCACCUCAAAGGAUUAAGAAGGAAUCGCCAGCUAACGAGCGUAAAAGUCGCUGGUCCAAGGCCAGGAGCAGCAGGACGCCAUCGCCAUCGCCACCACCCACUCACAAGCCGAAGACAAUGCACACGCUGGACGGGAAGAAGGCGGGACUGCAGGACGCCAAGUCGCUGAAGAGCGAAACGGAUAAGAGACGACGCGAGGAGCAUCAGAUGUUUGAUCAAAUGUCCAGCGAGGUGUCUGGACGAGAUGCGGAUGUUAAGGUGCGCAGCACAGGUCGCCGUGGGCGACGUGCCCGCGAUGCUGCUGCCGAGGAUCCGGAGGAGCAAAAGCGUAAGGAAGCGCACGAGCAAAAGAAGAAGCAACUGUACGAUCGCUGGGGCAAGGGACUCAAGCAACUGGAGGAUCAGCAGGCACGUCAUGCGGAGAUGACACACGAGGCCGCCAAGCCGGUGGCACGCUAUGCCAACGACGAGGAUCUGGAUCGACAUUUGCGAGAGCAGGAGCACGCCGAUGAUCCCAUGCUGCAGUACAUGCAGGAGAAGCGCAAGAAACGCGAACAGCAAUCCAAUAAACCCGUGAUGCCCGUCUAUGUCGGCAGCUAUCCGGAGAAUCGUUAUGGCAUACGGCCCGGAUAUCGCUGGGAUGGCGUUGAUCGUUCCAAUGGCUACGAGCAGCGCUGGUUUAACAAGCUGAAUGAACGGCGUGCGGUUCAGGAUGAAGCCUACAAAUACAGCGUGGAGGACAUGUAAAAUAAAUAUUAAAAAAACAUGCAUUUAAAUAAAAUCAAAAAUAUAUUUUAUUACAAAUA